AUGUACACAUGUGCCGUAGCAGCAGCCACCUUCUCCCUUGUGUUGCCCUCGGCUGGUGGGCAGGUGCAGCGCGAGGCGGUGGCGGCAGAGGCUGCCGUGUUUCUGCAAGCAGGGCGGAGGGCGGGCGUUCUGCGGGCCAGCAGGCCAGGGUCUGCGUGUCGAGAUCAGGGUCUUCUCCGCUCCUCCAUCCCUGUCCGCGCACCCCUGCUCGCCCGUUUCCGCUACGGCCCAAAGAGGCAAGGCGCGUGCGUCGACGUUCAACAGUGA